AGCCUAUAAGGCCUUGCAAUUCCACUCAUCAUAACACAACACGAGAGAUUUAUAUAAGCUCUCUUGUCUUAGUUCCUCAUCAUAUCAUCAAGUUCUUGGAGGCUUCAACCUCUCAUAUAUCCUUGAUAGGAAAUCAUGUGGAAGAUAAAGAUAGCUGAACGUGGGAACUGCCCCUACUCCGAGUACUUGUACACAACAAAUGACUUUGUUGGUAGGCAGAUAUGGGAGUUUGACCCUAAUGCAGGCACCCCUGAAGAGCUCGCUGAGGUCGAAGAGGCUCGCAAGAAAUUCACCGAGAACCGCCAUGAAGUCAAGCCUGCUUCCGACCUACUUUGGAUGCAGCAGUUUCUGAGGCAGAAGAAGUUCAAGCAAACAAUUCCUCCGUUGAGAAUUGGGGAGAAAGAACAAGUUACAUAUGAAGAUGUCACAACUGCUUUGAAGAGAGCUUCCUCUUUCUUUUCAGCCUUGCAGGCCAGUGAUGGUCACUGGCCAGCAGAAAAUGCUGGAGUCUUGUUUUUCCUUCCUCCAUUUAUCUUUUGCCUAUACAUCACUGGGCAUCUCAAUUCGAUUAUCACUUCGGAACAUCGCAAAGAAAUCCUACGUUUCAUAUACAACCACCAGAAUGAAGAUGGGGGUUGGGGAAUACACAUAGAGGGACACAGCUCAAUGUUUACCACAACAUUCAGCUAUGUGUGCAUGAGAAUACUUGGAGUAGGACCAGAUGAAAGUGCUUGUGCUAGAGCAAGAAAGUGGAUUCUUGAUCAUGGUGGCAUCACUUACAUGGCUUCCUGGGGAAAGACCUGGCUUUCGAUACUUGGUAUAUUUGAUUGGUAUGGAUGCAACCCAAUGCCCCCAGAGUUCUGGAUUCUUCCUUCUUAUCUCCCUAUACAUCCAGCGAAAAUGUGGUGUUAUUGCCGGAUGGUUUACAUGCCAAUGUCAUAUCUAUAUGGGAAAAGAUUUGUUGGCCCUAUCACACCUCUCAUUUUACAAUUGAGAGAGGAGCUCCACACUCAGCCCUACCAUGAAAUUCAAUGGAGACAAAUGCGCCAUCGAUGCGGAAAGGAGGAUCUAUACUAUCCCCACAGUCUAAUCCAGAAUUUCCUCUGGGACAGUCUUUAUGUGGCUUCUGAACCUCUUUUGACUCGAUGGCCUUUUAGCAAGAUAAGAGAGAAGGCUCUUGAAAAAGCAAUGGAACACAUUCACUACGAAGACGAAAAUAGUCGAUACAUCACCAUUGGCUGUGUUGAAAAGGCAUUGUGUAUGCUUUGUUGCUGGGUUGAAGACCCCAAUGGAGACUAUUUCAAGAAGCAUCUUGCAAGGAUACCAGAUUACUUAUGGGUUGCAGAGGAUGGUAUGAAAGUGGUGAGUUUUGGCAGCCAAUUGUGGGAUGCUACCUUUGGCUUUCAAGCUCUGGUUGCUAGCAAUCUAACAAAUGAAGUCGCUCCAACUCUCGUCAAAGCAUACGACUUCGUAAAGAAAUGCCAGGUCAGGAAUAAUCCCUCUGGCGACUUUGAGAAAAUGUUUCGCCACAUUUCAAAAGGAUCAUGGACUUUCUCCGAUCAAGAUCAUGGAUGGCAACUUUCUGAUUGCACUGCUGAAGCAUUAAAGUGUUGCUUGCUAGCAGCAACCAUGCCCGAAGAACUUGUUGGAGAGAAAUUAGAUCCUCAAUGGAUAUUUGAGUCUGUAAACAUCAUACUUUCCCUCCAAGAGCCUAAAACCGGCGGUUUAGCUGGCUGGGAACCAGUAAGAGCUGGACAAUGGAUGGAGAUGCUCAACCCUAUGGAGUUUCUCGAGAAUAUUGUGAUUGAACAUACAUAUGUCGAGUGCACCGGAUCUUCAAUCAUUGCUUUCAUUACACUCAAGAAGUUAUUCCCAGGUCAUAGGACCAAAGACAUUGACAAUUUCAUUGUAAACGGUAUAAGAUAUCUUGAGGACGUGCAGUAUCCUGAUGGCUCGUGGUAUGGAAACUGGGGUAUUUGCUUCAUCUAUAGUACCAUGUUUGCACUUGGAGGGCUAGCAGCAGCUGGUAGGACUUAUGAAAAUUGUCCCGCUGUGCGCAGAGGUGUUGAUUUUCUACUUAUUAAUCAGAGUGAUGAUGGUGGAUGGGGAGAAAGCUAUCUUUCUUCCCCAAGAAAGAUAUAUACACCUCUUGAAGGAAGAAGAUCAAAUGUGGUACAAACUGCAUGGGCUAUGCUAGGGCUGCUCUAUGCUGGCCAGGUUGAGAGAGAUCCAACUCCUCUCCACCGCGGUGCGAAGGUACUAAUCAAUUACCAAAUGGAAGAGGGAGGUUACCCCCAGCAGGAAAUCACUGGAGUUUUCAAAAUGAAUUGCAUGUUACACUAUCCAAUAUAUAGGAAUGCCUUCCCAAUAUGGGCGCUCGGAGAGUAUCGGAAUCGUGUUAAGUUGCCUUCAAAGGAAAUUAAAUUGCAAUGAAACUAAAUUCCGUGUAAAAAGACGUGAAUGAGAAUAAUGUACACAAGUGUCUGCUAAAUCGAAUGCAGAAAUUCGAUUAUAUGUGUAAGGAUGCUAAUAAUGUUGUAUCUCUGAAUAAUUUCCUUGCUAUGAUAAUGAUAUGUCUACUUAUACUUCCAAAA